CUCCAUUAGCAUAUUUCGUUGAACGCAGUUUUCAGAUAUACUUGAUUAAUUGCCGAUUGGCGUGAACUUGUUCUCUUGAAAAUUUCUAGAAUACGAUCAGUUUGGGAAAAAUAUUAUUUCGAGAAUCAACAAUGUGUGACUCAGAAUAUUUAAUGGAAGGCGUAGAGCCCCCCAUGAGGGUAUAUUACGGCAAUGUUUGUGCUAAAUGUUUCAAAAGAUCUGAUUUAUUCAAAUGUGAGAAGUGCAAAGGUAUUCAAUAUUGCAGUAAAAAGCAUCAGAUGCAAGAUUGGCCAUUCCAUAAGAGAAUAUGUUCCUAUCUUAAAACACCUAAAUGCUACAAAGGCAUGGAUGAAAGAACUUUUUACUACGAAAAGUUUAAUUUUAUGCUGGGAAUGAGAGACCAUUUAGGUUCAAAUCUUAUGAACCACUUUGAGAAAGAGUUAUGCUUAUUGCCUUGGCUCUGUAAAAUAUGUUACUCUGCAGAUAAUUUGGACUUAUUUGUAUGCGAAGGCUGCUACUCCGUUCCUUAUUGCAGCAUGGAACACAAAAAACAAGAUUUGGAGAUGCAUAAAAAGAUAUGUGGAAAAUUAAAUUUAGGUAGAUUGAUGGCAUCUCUCGGUUAUGAAAAUGGGCAUAAAGUUAAGCUGAUACAAUUCGAUUAUGAAUCCAUACGACAAGGAGAGAGACAUUUUCCUACGAGUAUGAAGGGUUUAUUGAAACUUUUGCAGAGGCAAGUAAGAUUUCCGAGAAACGAUUGCGAAGCUUUAAAUAUUAGUAUAUUUGGUGAUCGUUACGCUGCUGCAGCCACUAUUCUUUCAGCUCUUGAAAACUCUGAUUACAUCAUUAAACGGAAAUUUAAUUGGUCGCCAAACAAGCAAUUAUCCCAAGUCACUGAUAAAAAUCCCAAAGCAAAAAAAAAAUUCAGUGGUACUUUGGUUAUUCAUAUAGUACAAGCUAGUGACUAUGAGAUGAAUAUUCAUUGGCCUAACUAUGUAGGACUUCUUCUCGAUUGGUUGAUAAAUGUACAUCACGUCAAAAUAAUUUUAGUUGGCAAAGAUUUACUAAAUUUUGAAGCGCCUAAUUUUGACUCGAUCAAUCAUUUGGCUACUUGUGAAGUCUAUACCAAGGAUUACCAAGAUGUUGUUGACAAGAUAGACCGCCCAGAUAUUGUUGUUCUUUAUAAUUUCGGAUAUCCGAAAAUGAGCAGCCUCAACGAAUUCGUAAAAUCAAGUGGAUUACUGUCCCUAGUAAAAUAUAGUCAGGUUCCAGUUGUACUAACUUCUGCUUUUGUUAUAUUUUUAAAAAAAUUAUCUAUAGGCAUAGCUUUACUUCAACGUUCUGAUAUUGAAAUGGCAUUAACUAUGAACGUCAAUCAGUUUAGUGAUUGUCGGUCUAUAAGAUUCUGGGAUAAGACAGAAUUUCUAUGUGGUCAUUUGAAUGAAGUUGUUACUAUCUUCAGAAAAAAAUAAUUUUUCCCUUAUAAUAUUUGUUUGUUUUUAUCUUUUAAUUGUUCUGUGUAUACGGUAUUUUUAAUUAUUUAUUCAGUUCAAUGUAAUUAAUGUCUCACCAGAUUAUGUGACGAUGUAUUUUUAGGCUUCAUUGAAAUAUUUUUGACUUAUAUGUAUCGUUCGUUUAAUAAUAAUUUUUCGAAUAAAGGUUUUCUCAACUUCUA